AUGGACCCAGUGCAAAAAGCUGUCAUAAACCACACAUUUGGCGUGUCACUUCCUCUAAAGAAGAAACAAGUCAUCUCCUGCAAUGUGUGUCAACUUCGCUUUAAUUCUGAUAGCCAGGCUGAGGCCCACUACAAAGGAAGUAAACAUGCCAAGAAAGUCAAAGCACUAGAAGCAACGAAAACUAGACCAAAAGCAAGUGCUUCCAAGAACAGCGCAAUGACUAACUUGAACGGCUCUGCUACGCCGGUCCCGGCCAACAUCUCUAACAAAUCAGAAGAUAGGGCAAUUCUGAAAGCUAAUGACUCUAGCCAACUUUCAAGGGCUGAAGCGGUCACCUUUAUAUCCGAGUCUGCCAGUGCAGCAGCAGCAGCAGCAGCAGUAGCAGCAGCUACAGUAACCACACCUUUGUGGCCAGUUUCUUCCAAGAGCACAAAUGGGACUACAAUUGCCAUUUCCGAAGAGGAGAAAGCCAAAAAAUUACUGUAUUGUUCAUUAUGCAAAGUGGCUGUGAAUUCUUUAUCUCAGUUAGAAGCACACAACACAGGUUCCAAACACAAGACAAUGGUUGAAGCUAGGAAUGGUGCUGGUCCAAUUAAAUCUUAUCCUCGGCCUGGAUCCAGAUUGAAGACUCAUGGAACUAGUAUGGGUUCGGGACUACAGAACAAAACUUUUCAUUGUGAGAUUUGUGAUGUCCAUGUCAAUUCAGAAAUUCAACUUAAGCAGCACAUUUCUAGCAGGAGGCACAAGGACAGAGUUGCAGGGAAACCUACAAAACCGAAAUACAGUCCGUAUAACAAACUACAGCGUAAUCCAAACAUUCUAGCAGCAAAGCUGGCCUUCCAAAAAGAUAUUCUUAAGCCUUUGGCACCUGCCUUUCUCUCUUCUCCUCUGGCUGCUGCAGCUGCGGCUGUAUCCACAGCUCUGACUCUCCCACCACGACCUUCUGCGGCUCUCUUCCAGGCUUCUGCGAUACCCACAGCUCUCCUAAGGGCAGGACACGGGCCUCUCCGAGCUACUCCAGCAUCUAUCCUCUUUGCUCCCUACUGA